GCUACACAUACUCCCUAGUGUCGAUUAUUUACAGCCACAUGCGUAACUUGUGGGGCCUCAUUCCAAGUAUUGCAUCAUAGCCAUUCUCUACUCCGUAGUAGGAUGUCUUUAUCAGUUCACUCAAUUCAUUCACGCUCAAGAAAUCUGUGAGAAAAGAAUACAUCUAUUGCUAGGCUUUUUAACAUACGAUGAAACAGCUUCCAGAGAUUGGGGGUUUAGGCAAGCCGUCGCCAACUGGGCCAAGAGCUCCAUCUAUUCGACGAGGGAGGUUGUCAUGGCGAUAUGUCCUCUGCUCAUUAAUCGCAAGUUACAUUGUAUAUUGUUACGCGUUCUCAUUGCCCCUUUUCGCUCAUCUACUUCCUGAAUACAGUGGUCCGUAUCCAGUUGGGGCGGUCGAUGUCGAGGUCCCCCUUGCGUCGCCUCGCGUUGUUGAUACGGCGCGACUAAAGGGGUCAAAAGAGAAAGCAUUUGAGAUAGAGACGGUACUCUUCACGAUCUAUUAUCCAGCAGCGCAGAACGCUGUUAGCCAGAAACCGAAGCACUACUGGAUUUCGAAACCUAUCUCGGCGACGACUGCCGGAUAUGCCAAGUUUGCGCAUAUCGGCAAUUUUGUCGUGGACAAGCUCCUGGCCGGCGCAGUAGGCGCUCUCGUCGGGAACAUACAGGUCCCCGCGCAGGUUGAUGUGUCACUGGCCGACCUAGUAGCUACCGUUACUGAAGUUCCGGAGACUCGAGACGAUGUUCGGGAGAUAGAGAAAGUGAUACGGAUCGCGGAGGGUGGCCAUCCAGUUAUCAUAUUUUCACACGGCAUGGCUAGCGGUCGUACGAGUUACACCCACUACGCCGGCGAGUUAGCGUCGCGGGGCUACGUCGUCGUCAUGCUCGAACACAGGGACGGGUCCUGUCCGGGAUCCAUCAUCACGAAAAACGGCGAGCCGGACAAAACCAAACUCCUCUUCGACGUCGGAGACGUCGAAUCCGCGUCCGGGAAGGACCUAAGCGUACCCGAGUUCAAGCGCGCACAGCUCGACUUCCGGGAGGCCGAAAUCGAGGAAGCCGUCCGCGUCCUAAAGCUCAUCAACGCAGGGCAGGGCGACGAGAUCUUCGCGAAAAGCUCGCGGGGCGAAGGCGCGGAUUUCCGGAACUGGAAGGGACGCCUCAACACGGACGACAUGGUGGUCGCGGGCCACAGCUACGGCGCGACGGGCGCGAUGCAGGCGUUAAGGGGCGGGCCGAGCGCCGCGCGCCCGUUCAGGGGCGCCGUCGUGCUGGACCCGGGGAAGCACAGCGGCCGCCUCAACGACGACCUACGCGUCCCCGUGCUGGUCGUGCAUAGUAAUUCGUGGAGCAGUCGCGUGAGCCUGUUCUACGGACGCCCGCACUUCGACUCCGUGCGCGAGAUCGUCGAGAACAAUGUGCUAAGGGGCAUGCCGAGCUGGUUCGCCACGUCGCUGGGCACGUCGCACCCGAGCGUCACGGACGCGCCGCUGCUGGAGCCGCUGUUGCUUAGCUGGACGACGGGCGCGAGGAUCGAUGUGUAUGAGGGCUUGAGGCAGUAUGUGCAUGUUUCCGAGGACUUUUUAUCGUUCUUGGGAACCGGGGAUAAGAGGGGGUUGCUGCGGGAGAAGGCGGAGUUUCCGGAAUAUGACGAGGGGAAGGGGUUUGGAGUGUGGAAGCCGGGGCAGGACCAUGGAGAGGCGGAUAAUUGGAGGCGGUAUUGGCAGGUUCAUGUCUCUCCUAAUUAGAUAUUUAGUUUCGGGUUGGGGGCGUGCGGGCCGGCUGAGCUGUCAGGUAUCACCACAGCUGUCGUGUUACGUAGGACCGUACCGUGAGAUGUGGUGUUCAGGGGCUUGAUAAAUCUACGAAGUCCCGAUUCACGAAUGGCUAGGCCAAAGUCGUUAUGUCCAGUAGCUGCUUUGGUCUGAAAUGUAU